AUGUAUAACCGCGACUCCAGGAUCAUGCGCAAGCUCCUGGGCAAAGCUUCAACCGAGACCCCCGCAGGCGAUACCACCAAUCUCUCCAUCACGAGCGCACCCGCCUCUACCAUUGCCGCCUCGUUCCGACCAUCGAAAUCCCAAGACGCCGUAUAUAAAGCAGGAGUUCCAAUACUAGCUCUCGAUGUCUCCCCCGAUCGAAGAGCCGCUGUCCUCGGCAGCGGCCACAUUCUCAAAACCGUCGUGCUCGACGAUCCUACAAACUUCAACUUCAACUUUCGCGAGGGUGUCGAUCUGAGAGCUGUCAUCACUGCCCAACCUGCUGGUAUUAAGGGUAACCAAGCCGCUGAUCAGCUUAGUAUCCGUGAUGUCAAGUGGCAUGGUGGCUCGACAAUAUUCACAGCUUGCGCCAAUGGAAAGAUCUUCGCAUACGAUGUCAACCGAAUCGGGACCGGCGCAGGGGAGCCAUUGGAGUAUAUGCAGAUGCAGGAAGACUCACGUCAGGUUAAUACACUGGAUGUCAACCCGCAUCUCAAGAGUUGGCUGCUUUCAGGUAGUCAGGAUGGCAUGACACGAGUUUUCGACACUGCCGCGCCUAUUCAAGGCCGAUCGGGUGGCAUUACCUUUCGUCAACGCUUCGCACCGCUGAAAUGCAUCGAUUCAGUUAGACAAGUCAAAUGGUCGCCCAAAGUUGGACACGAGAUGGCCUGCUGUACCGAGGGUGGAGUAGUGCUCAAGUGGGAUGUGCGUCAACCAGGAAGGCCAUUGCUGAGGAUAAACGCGCACGAAAAGGCCUGUGCAUCUAUCGCAUGGCACCCCGACGGUAACCAUCUGAUCAGUGGUGGUCGGGACACAAAACUACAUGUCUGGGACCUCAGCAGUACAGCGGAUAAACGGCAAAAGCCUAAGUGGUCUGUUACUACACCUGCGCCGAUCUGGACUAUCGCUUGGAGGCCAGGACUAUGGUCUGCGACAGCACAGAGCAAACGUGUCGCUCAAAUAGCAGUUUCUUAUGACGAUAGCAGCUCUCGCCGCUAUGGAACUUCAGCAGUGCAUAUAUGGGACCUGGCUCGACCAACCAUGCCGUACAAAGAAAUCGAGAGAUUCGACAUUUCACCAGCGGCUCUACUGUGGCAAGAUCAGGACAUGCUUUGGACCGUUGGACAAGAUGGACAGUUCACUCAAAGCGACGUCGCAUACGCACCCAAGGUCAUUGAUCGCCAAUCCACUUCAUCUGUAGCAUUCUCACCUAAAGGUGAUGUGAUGAUGUUCCUUGACGAACGAUCCCACCAAAGCCAUCGGCCUCGGCCCCCAGUCUCACACCAUGCCGAAAUAGUACCGCGCGGACCCUAUGGCUCAAGCCCGAAUGCCCCGAUGUUGAGCAUCAGCCGUAGUGAUUCUGAGGAGGAUGUAGUGGGCAGCUUUCUCGGUCCUAGACGACGAUUAAGUCGUAGGAAAGCAGGGCGAUCCCACUUGAGCACAACACCGCCGUCUAGUUCCAGUCUUGCUGAUGACAACAAGCCGUUCCUUGCGCUCGAUCAAGCCAUUAAUGUCACAGGCCUGUUCAAGACUCAACAAACGAUGGCGUUCGGUCGUCUACCUGCCGUGAAAACAACACAGGUCUACCAGUACCUCUCAGGACUGUACCUCGAGACGCUUCAGCAAGAGCUGCCAGUCCAAGAUGGCAAGCCGCUUAACAAGAGAGUUGGAAUUAUAAUGGAACACUAUGCCCGUGCAGCCGAGAGUGUUUCUCUGUUCCGAUUGGCCCAGACAUGGCGUAUCUUGGCCUACACAGUUGGAAUACUCCUUGAUCGUCGUGCUCAAUACCACCUUGACACACGCCUUGGACGCUUCCACAGAGUUAGAAUAGAAGAGAAGAAGGGAAGUGGAUUACUGAAGCCCGUUGACCUUUAUAACGGUAGUCGAACACCUGGCGAUGAGACGCCACGACGGGCUCCCGCAAAGACAGGCAUCGGUGGCCGAACUCUCAGCGCUCGAUCUCUCCUAGCCAUGGGCUUCGAGAGCACAUCCAACGUAGCGACUCCGCUUGCACGACCGGCCGAUGCCGCAGAUAACCAAGUCGGAAGGAAGCUAGCAACCGUUUCGGAACCUGAGGAACUGAGUCUUGGGCCUGGCAUAAACGACAGGUUCGAAGACACCCCCCGACGACAUCAGGAAUCGGCUCCCGUUUCCGAUGUCAGCCCUGAACCCGAAAGCUCACAGAUAUCUAGCACCGAAGGAUACGACUUUUACGGUGCCGAAGUCUUGCUCAAGGCCGUCGACGUUCCACCUAAGAAGAAAGAACCGCUAUCGCUGGGUUCUACGAGCCCUCAAGUCCAGAAUGAGAGAGUCAUUCGUCAUGAUUCAGAAGAAAGCUUUGCGCAGAUGUUUUCCACUUCUGAUGCGACCAAGCAACCGCCUUCAGCUUCUAAGAACACUGGUCAAUGGCGGUCAAGUCUUGCAAGACAUGCUUCAGAUAUGGAUAAGGAAUAUCCAAGCCAUAUACGCGGUGAAGAGGUUCAUCCAUCACAAGACACGCCUACAGAUUCGCCUCAACCUCGCGUCAAGGAACCAACAACUGACUCACCCGACGAGGUCUUUUUAAUAUCGCAGACCACUAUGGGCACUGACGACUCAUACCCUUCUCAGACAUCGGAGCCUAUAGAGGCUGACGACAUUUCCCCAACAAAGACGGAGCCACAAUCACUUCCAACCAAGACGGAAUCCCCUCAACCACAAUUGCUAACCUCGGCCAGUCACCCUGGCCGAUCCGUUAGCCCUCUCAAGGACCUGUUUCCUGUCCACAAGGAUCUUCGACCUCAUGUUGUAGAUACAGACUUCCUCCCUUGGGAAGACGACCCUCUAUACCCAUUCCCGACCGUUACCUCAGGCGUAUCACCGGCUGUUUCGCCUCUCGAUCCAUAUAACUCUAUUGUAGAGGCCUUGCAUUACGAGUCUCGAUCUUCCGCACUAAAUGCAUCGGCCAUUGUCCUUCUACUUAAGCCUUUAGUGCCGGAAUUUGUCAUCGACCACCACCAAGCGAGCGGUGUUCUACGACAACACCACUCGCGGUUGAUGUCAAUGGGUCUCUUUAUCGAGGCAUCACUUUUACGUAAUUUGUGUGUUGAAGGAUGGCCAGAAGGUCUCGAACAAUGGGGCGACAACUACACUGCCAUUUUCACGCCAGCGCAGCAGAAUGGAAAGGUCAGUUUCUUCUGCUCCUCGUGCAAGAAACCAAGAGAACUUGACCCAAAGAAUGGUCCAGAAGGCAUCUGGACAUGCGAGCGCUGUCGCACGACAAUGGCGCCCUGUGCUGUCUGCGGUCACCGAGAGCCAACGCAAGCAGAGUUUACACCUAUUGAAGUCUCCACGGCGAUGGCAUCAUCAGGAUCAUUUCUUUCCGAGUGGUGGUACUGUCCCACUUGCGCGCACGGCGGCCAUGCCUCUUGUCUUCAAGCAUGGCACGCAUCAAUUGAUGUGCCCGACACUAGCAAUUCAGCCACAUUUAGUGAUGGCUGCUGUCCUUUAGAUGGCUGCGGCCACGCUUGUCUUCCAGGCCGAUAUCGUGGCGAAACAACAACCGCCCGUGCUGACGAGAUUGGUCGCGCGACGGUGGAGAAGACUCGUGCCAGAGAUGAGCGAGGACCAAGCAGCAGUCGUCGCUCAAGCCCGCGUCCAGGAACAGAUCGAUCUGUUAAGAGUGAUGGAAAUGAUAUACCCCAGAGUAGAGCAGUUGGUAUGGCGAGAGAUGCAUUAAAUAAUAAGACCAGUGGCGGAAUCUUGAGUUCGAGUCCUGGUAGGGUUGUUGGUACAGGAGAGAGGGAGAGGAGAAAGAGUGUCAAAUUUGCAGGUACAGAUCGUUAG